ACAAAGUCCAAACACCCAAAAGUGCUUGCAAUGGCUUCUUCAACCCUCAGAACCGUUUCUUCAUCCCUGAUGCUAGCCAUACCCAGAUCAUACCCUUCUCCAUCACCUCCAAAAACCCUGGUUUUUCCUUUCUCAAAUCUCAUCAAUAAUCCAUCCCUAACUCAAUGCCUCGAGCUUUCUACAACAAACUUCGGUAACUUCUCCCUUUCCAAACGAUCUUUCACCUGCAAAAGCCAGGCCAACCCAUCUGACAAUCCGAGACCCACUAAAGUUCAAGAGCUAUGUGUUUAUGAGAUCAAUGAGAGAGAUCGCGGCAGCCCUGCUUAUCUCCGGCUGAGCCAGAAAUCGGUCAACUCUCUCGGUGAUCUUGUCCCUUUCAGUAACAAACUGUACAGUGGAGACCUGCAGAAACGGAUAGGGAUAACGGCGGGACUAUGCAUUCUAAUCCAGAACAAGGCGGAGAAGAAAGGCGACCGGUACGAGGCGAUCUACAGCUUUUACUUCGGAGACUACGGUCACAUAGCGGUGCAGGGGUCGUACCUGACUUACGAAGACACAUAUCUGGCGGUCACCGGCGGGUCAGGGAUUUUCGAGGGGGUGUACGGUCAGGUGAAGCUCCGGCAGCUGGUCUUCCCUUUCAAGCUUUUCUACACGUUUUACUUGAAGGGCAUCGGGGAUUUGCCCGUUGAGCUUCUGGGGAAGCCCGUUGAGCCCAGCCCAGCUGUCGAGCCAAGUCCAGCGGCUAAGGCUUGCGAGCCGCACGCCACCAUUGCUAAUUUCACGGAUUAAUAAAUCUAUGUUUCUCUAGUUGAUUUUAACAAUAAUAAAUGAGGAUUUUGUUUCUUUAAAAAUAUAUGAUAUCUGCAUCUUUGUUAUCAUUAUUAUUUUUUUAAUGUUGCCUCUUGAAUACAUUUCGAAGUUGAUG